GUGUUCCUGAGACAGCUACAGCAAAGCUGCAUCAUGUACAAACUUCAUCAUGUACUCAUGCCUCACCUCCAAGAAUGUAGUAUGUGUGUUCUGAGAAAUUCUCCGGUACUCUUCAAAACUUCAGGUUCCUGGUUUGGGUAAAAACCAUGUGUAUUUGAUUCUGGUGAAUGAAGAGAGCACCUCAUUGCUGGAGUGGUGAAAGCAACAUGGUAUUUCCAGAUUUAAAACAUACUAGAUUCUCUGCAUAAUGCUUCAUUGAAUAAGAUGAUUAUAGUGGAAGGACAAUUAAUGACUGUUUUCCCAAGUGCAGACCAGGGCUGUGAAUGAAGUGUCAGCAAGGAACAGCUCCCUGACGAGCAAACAAGCUGAUGGUGUUUGGAAACUCCCUUGGAGACACAGGUCCUUUGUUUCAUUUCUCACUGCACAACAUGAAAAAGAGGAAGAAUUUAGAUGGAGCUGAUGUAAACUGGGGAAAACAUACUGUGAUCUUCCUUCAGUUUGCAUGCUGGGAACAUGAAGGACAGGGUCAUAAAGACAAUGAAGAGCAUGCUCCUUUUCCUAAUUUUGCUGGGAGUAGUAUCUGGAAGAAGAUCCCAGUUGCUUCAGGGCUUACCUGCAACAAGCACUGUUGAAGAAAACUCUGCAGCUGGUGUUGCAGUCUAUGACUUUAAUGUGACUCUUUCUCCAUUGGCUUCUGAAGGUGUUGCAAUUCGUCCUACCAUAGUAAAUUCAAAUCCACUCACAGAAGCUUUUGACGUUGUAUCAAAAGGAGGUCUUGAAUUCAGGGUUAUUACCUCUGGAAAGCCCAUCCUAGAUUAUGAAACUAUGCCAAAGAGCUUUGAUUUGCAGAUUUUUGUGGAUGAUACAACUGGAAGAACUGACCUUAACAUAUUGACUAUUCAUGUAACAGAUAAAAAUGAACAUCCUGUAUUUCGAGGAAAUAUGGCAAUUCAAACUGUGAUGAUCUAUGUGCUGGAAGGGACACCUCCAGAACGCAUUUACCGAGUUGAUGCAGCUGAUCCUGAAAAUGCAAAACUCCAAUAUUCACUGCUCCCUGCAACAGCACCAUUCUCAAUCAGUGAAAGUGGAGCCAUUUUUUCCACAAAAGAAUUUGAUUAUGAGAAAGAUCCACAUAGUUACUUCUUAAAUAUAACAGUGACAGAUCCAGAUGGACUCAACUCAACUAGAACAGUGAAUAUAAAUAUAAUUAACAUCAAUGAUGAAAGGCCUUACUUUACCACAAAACAAAGAAUAUACCGGAUUCCAGAGGAGCAAAGCCCAGGCACCAGUGUUGCCAAUAUAACAGCUAGAGAUCCUGAUGAUGGAGAUUCUCCCAGCAGACUUUUCUACAGCAUCCAGUCAUCUGACAGACGUUUUUCCAUAAAUCCAGCGACUGGAGAGCUGCAGGUGGCCGGGAGGAUCGACCAGGAUGCGCUUCCGCUGCGGCUCCAUCCCAACAUCUCGCUGGUGGUGCGGGCGGAGGACAGCCCCAGCAGCGGCCAUGCCAGAGAGAUGGAGAUCACCAUUGUUAUUGAGGAUGUCAAUGACAACCCCCCAGAAUGCAAUCCUUCUGCCUUCAGGAAAGAAGUAAAUGAAAAUACCGCUCCUGGGACAUUUCAUGUUGAUCUUAGAAAUUACUGUAAAGAUAUUGAUGCUGAUCCAUCAAACAACCAAUUUAUUUUCACUGGAUUAUCUGGUUUUGGAAGCAAUAACUUUACUCUGGAUUCCACUGGAAGACUUGUGAUGACUGGAACUAUUGAUCUAGACAACCCAGCUAAUCCAGGAGUUGAAGUUUAUACUUUGACUGUCAGGGUGCAAGAUAUUGCCCACCCUAACUACUCAAAUAUCAUCUACAUUUACAUCAGGAUAAAGCCAGUGAAUGAAUUUUUUCCAGAGUUCCGUAAUCUAUCUUAUGUAUUUAGUGUUUCAGAAAUUACUAAAGUUGGAUCCAGCAUUGGAAGAGUGCAUGCCACAGAUGAGGACUGGCCACCCAGUGUCAUCACUUACUCCAUUGUAGCUGGAGCUGGCACCAGGGAUUACACAAAUAUCUUCUGGAUCAGCCAAACGAAAGGAGAUGUGAGGAUUUUAGCUAGGUUAGACUAUGAAACAACUCAGAAACAUAUUUUCACAGUACAGGCCUCAGACCAACAGAAGUCUACAACAGCAUCAGUAACUGUGAAUGUCUUGGAAGUAAAUGAUGAAGAACCAGUUUGUUCACCCAAUUUCUUCUCACUUCAAAUCCCAGUCGAUUUAGCUGUUGGGACCAAUAUUAAUGGCUUCAGGAUUGAAUGUCAAGAUCGUGAUUCUGAUCCCAGGUCUUUCCGUUACUUCGUUAAUGAAGGCAAUGAGAACAGUCAUUUUACCUUUUCACCAAGUGCUGGCUCCAACACAUCUCGUCUGAUUCUUGCAUCAAGGUUUGACUAUGAGAGUGGACUUGAUACAAAAUGGAUUUACAGUCUGCGUAUCCACAUAACAGAUGACAAUUUAGUAUCUGCCAGGGACAAAACUACACACUUAACUAAAACUGGAACAGUGACCUUAAGCAUUAGAGUUAUCCCAAACCCAACUACUGCCACAACAACUACGCCUGGCGUCACUGUUGUGACCAGAAGAGAGAACAUCUACUCUCCAUCAGCGUGGUACGUGCCGUUCGUGGUCACCCUCGGCGCACUGCUGCUCCUGGGGCUGCUGGGCCACCUGGGGCUCCUGCUGCUGACACGGCUCCGUAGCUGCUGCCCCCCGGCAGGGAAAGCACACAGCACCUCUCUGAUAAAUGCUCCAGCAAAGAAGAAGCCUAAGAAAGAAGUAACUGUGACAAUGACAAAGCUAAACACUAUCUUUGAUGGAGAAGCCAGGGACCCAGUUACUGGCAGAGUGUAUGAGUUCAAUACACGGUCGGGGGCCCGGAGGUGGAAGAAGAGCAAUGAGCCCCUUCAGCCAGUGCAGGCUAUGCAGGAAAUGUCCAGUGCCACAGAAAACAGUGGCCAAGGGGUGGAUGGAGCAGAGGCACCAAGCAAAAAAGAGCCUUCAGAGAAGAGGAAAGAGCUGACUGCAGCAACAAAACCAGCUGCCAAGCCCUCAGCAGGGCAAUGAGAAACACCAGGCCAAGCUGGGCUGAGAUUGCAGAAGAAAGAGGAGUCUGAGGAUGGGGGCUUAUCCUCACCAGCCCCUUAAGGCAGGAACUGACCUCCUCUCCCAAAAUGAACUCUCCUUUUCUAUUAGGCCAGAGUGCAUGAGGCUCCAAGGCAUCUCCCCACUGACACCUGAUCUGAACAGCCAAAGAAUCAGAUGUGACUUUUCUCUCUCUCUCAGCUGUAAAACAAAAGGUGGCCAUAAGGUCUGUAAACCAGACCCAAAGGCAGGAUGAAUCUGGAUGCACCUUUGGCAGGUGCAUGUAAGAGCAGGAGAGAAGAAGAGGACACAAAGCAGAGCCAUGGACAGAAGCAUUCAGUGCCCACUGCCUCCUACAGACACUGGUAGCUUCCCCCUAGAAAAGUCUGCACCUCUGGCAGGCAUGGCCCCAUCCUCUGCCUGCCUUUGGGAAUGGCGGCACACACAGAUGGGAAUGCGGUCUCCUGUCCCUGCUGAGCAACCAGGUGAGUGAAAAGCACACCAGGGUAGAAAUGUUUGCUGGUAGAAGAUAAAAAUAUUUUCUCUUCAUUCAGUAUUUUAUUUCAGCCCUUCCUUGCCCUCCCAUCUUGCAGUAGAAAAGUCCAUGGCUUGAAAGCAGUUCUGGAGUAGAGAAAACUCAAAGCUUCUUCUGGCAUCUCAGGCUGUCAACACUUUCAGCUUAUUUAUCUUUUGUAACACUAAGAGCAUUCAAUAUCUUCACCUUUGAUAUUUCCUCUGGCACAUUUAAUAUUUUACAGGAUCAAGUGGAAUAUACUCAAAAGAAUAAUGACAGUAAACACAUGGGGUGAAAUAAUCUUUUCUGAGUGUGAGCAUGUAUAAUGUAAGUGAUGUCUGAAAACCUGAUAUAAAACAAACAAACCUGACAAGAUUUUACAAAAUUAUUUUAAUCUGAAGAAAAGUAAUUAUAAAUGAUGAGUU